GACUCAACGUCCGAACCACAAACUCAUAGCACACAUAUGAAGACGAUAACACCAGCUCCCGUGCCUAAAACUUAUAUCCGCAUGCCAAGGAGGGGUUUUCCACCAAAUCCUAUGCCUGAGAAUUAUGUACGGUUGGAUCAGAUCACUGACGAACUAUAUGAUAUGUUUUGUAAAGAAGUCAUCGAUGAAGUUGAGCAAGAAUGUAGUGCUCAGGAACGAAAACUUCUAGAUAACAUGAGCUCCUCGGGAGACUUUGGGGCGGCUGUGGACUUCUAUGAUGAGAUACUGGGAGAGCUGCCGGUGGUAAUGGUGCAUAUGCGAACGUCUAAGGGAGAAAUGCAUUGA